UGUCAUGGUCACAAGACAAGUGAGCGACCGCGCAACGCCCAAUUAGUUUAUCUGAUAAAAUUACGACCGUAAGCCCGGACCUUUCUCGACCUGUGGCCCAUGUGCUAAAGCAUGACGUCGGCGGCUCGGCGCCGUCUCCGAUUCGGCCGACGCCGCCACAAAGGGUUUCGCAAGGGUCGCGGAGGGACUAGAAGGCGAUUCCGGAUGUCUGGGAGCGCGGUUGGGCUUUGCAAGAUGGCGGUGUUGACGCAGGUCGCAGGACAGAAGAGUUCAGAACCUCGAUCUCGGGUCAGGGAUCGCGCACAGCGCGCAGCGAAGGUUUGGUUGUCAGUAGAAGAGCCUGGACAGCUGGCGCAGCUGAAAGGUUCGCCUUUAGCACUGCUGAGUCAGAAGUGUCAAAGUGAGCGGCCGACGGCGAGAGAAAGUGGAUUGAACCAAGAUGCCGCGUCUGCCAAGACCUUAUGCACGUGGGGUGAGACUGAACCAGGAAUAUGCGACAUGUUUCGGCCGAUGCAUGCGCGAAAUGACGUCGCACUUGGCCACUGCUCGAGCAGUGAAAGUGGCAUCAGAGUCGGACAGUUGAAGCGACAGCUCCAUGCUCCACUUUAUCUCAUGAGAAUCGCACAUUUCAUUGACGCUCGAUUGCCGUGCCACUGACACUUUCGCUAGUCUUCAGAUCCAUACUCAUACAUACAAG